AUGUCUGAGAAUUCUACUAAUCUUACUGGAAUCACAGAUAGCCGAUAUGCACUCAUGGCAGCAUUUGUUCAUGGAUUUAUUGCGAUAUUUGGAACCUUAACUAAUGCUGUUGUCAUGUUGACGUAUUUAAAAUGGCGUCGAACUAUGUUCGAGACGCCUCGCGACCUUUUAAUUUUUACUUUGGCCUUGGCAGAUUGCAUUACGUCGCUUUUCGUUGCGCCUAUUGGAAUGGCUGCUUCGAUUGCAGGAAGGUGGUCAUCCGGACGGGCGGGUUGUGUUUGGUAUGGAUUUGUUUCAACUUGGAUGGGGUUGGCAUCAAUUCUUCAAUUGACAGGCAUAGCUGCAGAGCGAUAUUUUACUUUAGCUCACCCAGAUCUACGCUGGUCGGGUAUAUGCAAGAAGUAUGCGCGACUGUUCAUAGCACUUGCGUGGCUCGUUUCCGGACUCACAAGCACUUGUCCUUUGUUCGGAUGGUCCAAGUAUGAUCUCGAAGGAAUAGGUCUUCAUUGUUCCAUAGUGUGGAGUGCUUCCACUUUGAACUACGGAUCAUAUAGUCUAUUUCUCUUGGUUUUCUUCUUUGUAAUACCACUGGGCUUGAUAAUGUACUUCUAUACAAAUGUUUAUUUCGUGGUGCGACGGCUAUCAAGUGAAGCGGAAUCUUUGUGGGGAGCUGAUGACAUGGCAACGAGGCAGACUUACAUCGCUCAAGUGAAAGUCGCACGACAGCUUGUACUCCUUACAGGAAUGUUUUUAUUUGCAUGGACCCCAUAUGCAGUGAUGUCUUUUAUCAGUGUAGCUAACAUUAUUAAACCGGAUAAAAAAACAAGCGUCCUACCCGCGGUGUUUGCUAAAAUGUCCUAUGUUUACAAUCCCCUGGUUUAUUUCUUUACUUUUAAGCGAUUGAGGAGGAGAUCGAUACAGCUGUUUAAACGUUCUACCGUGCAGUGGAGGACCAAUGAUAUGUAA